AUGUCGCACCGGUAUCUUCUGCUAAAUGAAGGCUCCUCAAGCAAACGUCGAGUUUUUGACAAACUCAUCAUUCUGGCAACUUUAAUAUUUGUUGGAGGUUUGAUUUUCACUAUGUUUGCAAAAGAAGAGAGUCCAAAAAAUUACUCGCAUGUUUUCAAUGCAUUCCAUGAUUGUGUUCGUCCCAAAUUGGCACAUUUGAAGGGAAACUAUGAGCAGUUCUGGCACUCAUUCACAAAUCUGACUGUGGGAUGUGAUAACUUGGAAGAGUAUGAAGCUUUGGAUAUCCGACCUGCCAAGAACCGAGAUGAGAUAAAAUAUGUGGCAUUUCCAAGACAAGCCGAGCAUUUAACAAUGGUCACUCUUGGAAUCGGCCACGACGUGAAUGCGGAAGUUAAACUGAAAGAGCUCUACCCCAAUAUUGAAUUCUUCGGUGCCGAUCCAGCGUCUGAUAUUAACAAAGAUCUCUAUGUCAAUACUUUAGGAGGCAAAUAUUUCGAAUACGCAGUCAGUGGGACAAGUGGAAUGCGAAAGUCUAGAGUUUUUGAAAAAGAAAAAUACGAAGAAGAAAUCACGAAACAUAUCGGAGUGGACUAUUUCUUCAAAAAUAUUCUUCACAAGGAUCGAAUCGAUAUUUUAUGGAUUGAUAUCGAGCAAAACGAGUAUCCAAUUCUUGAGCAACUCCACAGCAACGGACUGAUCGACAAAGAGGGCGUGAAGAUUUGUCAGAUUAAUGUAGAACUACACAAGGACAUUUUUGAGCCAAACUCUGAGGUUGAAAUGAUGAAAUUUCAUGAUUUCGUGUUCAAGUUGCUGGAAGACAAGAAGUACAUCAUGAUGAAGCCGGUUUAUGUGAAGUAUAGGACUUUCCGUUUUAUCAGAACUUUUAUUGUUAAUGUGUCGGAUAAGGAAUGCACUGAUUUGUAUUUGAAAUGA